AUGAACAUGAAUAAGAGAGAUCUGGGCUUCAAGGUGGUGCUCAUCGGCGAUGGCGGUACGGGCAAGACGACCCUCGUGAAGCGACACAUGAGCGGCGAGUUCGAGCGCAAGUACGUCCCGACCCUCGGCGUCGAAGUCCACCCCCUGCCCUUCUACACCACCCACGGCAAGAUCAUCCUCAACGUCUGGGACACCGCCGGCCAGGAGAAGUUUGGAGGCCUGCGGGACGGGUACUACAUCCAGGCCGACGCCGCGAUCAUCAUGUUCGACGUCACCGACCGCCUCACCUACCGCCACCUCCAAAAGUGGUACACCGAUCUGAGCCGCGUAUGCGAGAAGAUCCCGGUGGUGAUCUGCGGCAACAAGGUCGAUGUCAAGGACCGCAAGGUGAAGCCCAAGGACAUCACCUUCCACCGCAAGAAGAACCUCCAGUACUACGACAUCUCAGCCAAGUCCAACUACAACUUUGAGAAACCGUUCCUCUACGUGUGCCGCCGGCUGGUGAACGACCCGCGGCUGGCCUUCACCGCCGAGCCCUCGCUCCUGCCGCCCGAGACGCAGAUCGACAAGGCCGCCCAGGCGGAGCACGAGGCGCAGCUUCAGGCCCUCAUGUCCGUCGCUGUCAACCAGGCUCUGCCCGGCGAGGACGACGAUGGCGAGAUGUAA